AUAUUUUGUUUGGUUCCGGAAGGAAAAGUACGCCACUCUCAAACGUGUCUGUUUGUAGUGGUGUAAUUAAUCGUGAAGACUAUCUCUUCACUUAAAGUUCAGCAUGUCUGAUAACGAAGACAACUUUGAUGAUGGGGAUUUUGAUGAUGUCGAAGAAGAUGAAGGAUUAGAUGAUUUGGAAAAUCCAGAAGAUGAUGAUCAAGAAAACGUACAGAUUCUGCCUGCAGGAGAAGGGCAACAGCCCAACCAGAAACGUAUUACUACCUCUUAUAUGACCAAAUAUGAAAGAGCCAGAGUGCUAGGGACAAGGGCACUUCAGAUAGCUAUGUGUGCUCCAGUGAUGGUGGAAUUGGAAGGAGAAACUGAUCCUCUCCAGAUUGCCAUGAAGGAGCUCAAGUCCAGAAAGAUUCCAAUUAUUAUAAGACGCUACCUUCCAGAUGGAAGCUACGAGGACUGGGGCUGUGAUGAGUUGAUAAUUACGGACUGAACAUCAGAAAAACUGUUCCUCCUUAAUAAUUUUAGUGCUGUUAUGUGUUGUAUUCUUUUAUAUUUCGGUGGGAUGUUUUCUCCACUAGAGGGAGAUCUAAUGCCACAAGCACUGAAUCUGACAAAGCUCAACGGACAUUCAGCUCUCGCUAGCCUUCUCUUUUUGUGUUUGUUUUUUUGUCAAACGAAUCUGGUAGCAUAUAAUGCGUAUGACUUUUUGUGUUAAUAUUCUAAGAUGACAGUGAAACUAAUAAAUAUUUUAAAAGCUGACA